AGGUGCAGCGGGAGCUGCAGCGGCGCGGCGCCGUCCGCGCUCUGACAGCCCUCUGUGAGCGCUUCGCCGCCACACCUCCCGAUCGGCUGCUGGAGCUCUCGCUGGUGCAGCUGGACGCAGCGCUGCCUACUGAGGAGCGCGCCGUGGAGAGACUGGUCAGCGCGCUGCAGGUCACAGAGGUGAUCGUGCCGUCACUGCACGCCGCUGUCGCCCAGCAGGCGCUGCGUCGUCUGGGUCGAUUGCGCGAGUUUCUGGGCAGCCAGUUCAAGUCUGUGCGGCACAUGGCGGCCCGAUGCAUGGCCGCUUACGCCCGGCUGGACCUGCAUGCCACGCUGACCUCGGUGGUGCGACACGUUCUGCCGCUGCUGGGAGACACCUUCAGCGUGGUGGCGCGCCAGGGAGCGAUCGAGACCGUAUGGUGUCUGGUGGACGCACUCUGGAUGGACGUGCUGCCCUACCUGGUGCUGCUGGUGGUGCCCGUACUAGGCCGCAUGUCGGACCGGGAUCUACCAGUGCGCCUGCUAGCGUCGCGCACGUUCGCAUCCAUCAUUCAGCUGAUGCCGCUGGAGCCAGGAUGCCCUGGCGGCGACGCAGUGCCGUCGCCGCUCAACCAACAAAAGGUGGCAGAGCGCUGCUUCUUGGACCAGCUGAUGGACCCUUCGUGUAUCGAGGAUGUUCCGGUGCCGGCAGGGGUGCGCGCCCAGCUACGGCCCUACCAGCGCCGCGGCGUCAGCUGGCUGGCAUUCCUCAAUAAGUACCAUCUGCACGGUGUGCUCUGCGACGACAUGGGGUUGGGCAAGUCGCUGCAGUCGCUGUGUAUGAUAGUGGCCGACCAUGCUGCGCGCCGUGAGCAGUUUGAGCGUUCGGGCGCUACCGAGGACGCGCCAAGGCCGUCUCUUAUUGUUUGCCCUCCGACUCUCACUGGUCACUGGAUGUACGAGGUAGACAAGUUCGUAGAGCCAUCUGAGCUGCGACCGCUUCACUACUUCGGACUACCGGCCGAACGCAGCCGGCUACAAGUACGCUUACCCAAUCACAACUUGGUGAUAUCCUCAUACGAUAUCGUGCGUAACGAUAUCGACUUUUUCGUCAAUGUCAAGUGGAACUACUGUGUCUUGGACGAGGGCCACAUUAUCAAAAACGGAAAAACCAAGGUGGCCAAGGCGAUCAAGCAGCUGGACUCCCGUCGGCGUCUGAUCCUGACGGGCACGCCACUACAGAACUCAGUUCUGGAGCUGUGGUCAUUGUUUGACUUUUUGAUGCCCGGCUUCCUGGGCACGGAGCGCCAGUUCACGACCCGCUACAGUCGGCCGAUUCUGCUGAGCCGGGACGCCAAGGCCAACUCGCGUGAACAGGAGGCCGGUGCGCUGGCAAUGGAGGCCCUUCACCGCCAGGUGCUGCCGUUUCUGCUGCGGAGACUCAAAGAGGACGUGCUCGAGGACCUGCCGCCCAAGAUCACGCAGGACUACUACUGUGAGCUGUCGGACAUCCAGAAGCAGCUUUACGAGGAUUUUGCGCGUUCGCGGGCUCAGCGGUCACUGGUGGAGGGUUUGGAGAGUGUCGAGAACCGUCGCGGCGUUGAGCGAGCGCCACCACACGUGUUCCAGGCACUCCAGUACCUGCGCAAAGUUUGCAAUCAUCCUAAGCUGGUGCUCACCAAACAGCAUCCGAGCUACGCCCAGGUACAAAAAACGCUGUGUGAACAAGGCAGCAGUCUGGAGCAGAUCGAUCAUUCUGCCAAAUUGGUGGCGCUGAAGCAACUGCUCCUUGACCUGGGCAUUGGUGAGGAGGAUGGCAUGCCAACAGCCAGCUCUGAGGUGGUGCACCCGCAUCGCGUGCUCAUCUUCUGCCAACUGAGGUCGAUGCUAGACAUGGUGGAGCAUGAUUUGCUGCAAGGCCAUCUGUCUGGCGUCACCUACCUGCGCCUGGAUGGCUCGGUGCCGGCCGGCGAGAGGCACGCACUCGUUCACCGGUUCAACAGCGACCCGAGCAUCGACUGCCUGCUGCUGACCACUCAGGUGGGCGGCCUAGGUCUCAACCUGGUCGGAGCCGACACUGUCAUAUUUGUGGAGCACGACUGGAACCCGAUGAAGGACCUGCAAGCAAUGGAUCGCGCACAUCGGAUCGGCCAGCGCCGUGUCGUCAACGUGUACCGGCUCAUUACGCGCGGCACGCUCGAGGAGAAAAUCAUGGGUCUGCAAAAGUUCAAGCUGUUGACUGCCAACACGGUGAUCACUGCGGAGAACAGCAGCUUAUUGACCAUGGGCACCGACCAGCUGUUCGACCUGUUUACACUGGAGUCGCAGCAGCAGCGGCCCGGCGCUGGUGGCGAGGCGCGUGGCGGUCCAGAGGCGCGUGGCAUCAGGGCAAUGCUGGAGGCACUGCCCGAGCUGUGGGAAGGCGAGCAGUAUGAGCAGGAGUACGACCUCAGCGGAUUCAUGCGGACCCUGCGGGGCUAGCUCUGAGCGGUGCCGAGGCACGCCAACUCGGCGGGUGCCGUGGUGAGCCGCGGCUAGUCGAGCGCAGCUGCCGUGUCAGUCAUGUUUCUAUAGUUUGCGUCGGUAUUGCUCAGUGGUGGCUGCUGCGUUAGCCUAGCAAUGAAGAGCAGAAUCGGACGGAUGGGCCGUUCGAAAUGACUGGCCAGUGAAAGUGGGUGUUGACCUCGGCCGAAACGUUACGGCGGAUCUGGUCCAGGACUGCCGAACCGCGUUGUGUUGAGUCACAUUUUCCGUAUGUCCCGGUUCAGAUAUUAGUUAAUUCCUUUAAUAUAGACAUCAUUCUAUAGAGAAACUCGUGUUUAGUAAGAAUACUGUGUCAUGCAGUUAAUCUGACCAACAAUUUCCAGCUAAAACUAACUUACCGUGAUCUCACCACGAUUUCCAGCCGCAGUUUGUUUUCAACAUGUCGGCUGUCGCGAGAGCAUAAAUAUAAAGACUAGAUAGGA